UGGACCGGACCGAACAGUCGCUUCCGGAGUCAGACGCGGAGAUUCAUCUCGGGUCGCGUGAGUUAGCGGGCCAAUGACGAGCUGUCUGGUGGAUCACGUGUUCACUUUGGGUUUAGUUGAUCACAAACCUGAACUCCGGAUGUUGAUGUGACGUGUGAACGGGUCCGGACCGAAUGAGAACCCGGGAGUCACCGUCACCGCCUCCGGGUCAUGUCCACGUACCGGGGACCACGCCUGUGCACGUGCACGUGAGGAGCAGCAAACCCCCGCAGGCUCCUUUGAUGACAUAGAAGAUGAGUCUCCUAUGUCAUCAAAGGGGCCUUCUUCAUGUAGGAGAGCUGGACUCCAGGACAGAACUACAACUCCAGCUUGAUCCUGUAGAACAUAGUCUAGGUCCUCAGCGUCAGCGAUUACAGACUCAGAACCAAGACCAAGAGUUUCCUCCUCCUCGUCUUCCUCAUACUGUUCUUCAUUCAGCAUCUUUAUGAACGUGUCAACCAACAGGACAAAAUAUUAUCAGGGGAAGGGAGAUGGAGCGAGGCCAAAGGUCCGGUCUCCGUGGAUUCCUCCAGGACCAUCGUCCUCCGGAAAAGACGUGGGCUCACACACCUGCCAGAGAAGCCGAGUGCAGCAUCAGUCAGGACAUCGGCGUGGUGGAGAGGAGCAGGAGGAAAACCUCAGCGUCCUGCUCCGAGAGGAAGAAGACGUCCGUCAUUUAAAGAGACUGGAUUCAAAGAGUCAACACGGAGAGACGGACGUGCUCCUGAGGGCCUUGGUAGAAGCAGAGAUCGACGGAGUAACAGUAGCCAAUCAGCUCACUGCCCUGAAGGAGACUGUCGACAGCCUCUUUAAGGACAAGCAGCUGUCGAAGCGGAACGCAGCCUCAGUGGGGCGACAGCAGGAGCUGUUGUUGGAGAAGAUACAGAUGUUUGACUACACGAGUCAGAGCCUCCGAGAGCUCCUCAGAGAGUGGAGCCAGAACGAGAGAGAUUCACUGGUUUGGUCCGAACAGAAAGACGACUUGAAGAAGAGAUUGUCCGACAGUGAAGCUGAGAACAUUCGACUUUUGGCCCAACUCAGCAACAAGGAGAAAGAGGCGUCCAAGCUCGCUCAGCAUUUGGACUUUGAAAAGGACAACGGGAAGACGACGGAAGAGCAGUGGAGAGUCCUGGAGUCAACACGCAACGAUAUGGAGUCUCAGCUGAACACAGCGGAGGCUGAAAAGGCUCGAAUGUCUGCUCAGAUUCAGAGGAUGCAGGAGAAACAGGAGCAGAAGCAGGAGGUGCUACAGACUCAGAGGCAGCGUAGGGACGACGACCAGGAGGCGACGCAGUGGAGGCCAGACCAGAGAGCUCCGGCCCAGCAGGCCACCAGAGAGCUGGAAGGAAAACUUCAGGAGAAGGAAACCCAGUUGGCUCAAGCUCUGUCCACAUCCAGCGACUGGUGCCUGAGACAUUCUAAAGAGGCGGCUGCUAGAAAGCAUCUGGAGGAGGAAGUGUCUGCUCUCAAACUCCACGUGAACGAGCUGGAUUAUCAGCUCCACGCCGCGGAGGAGAGGAGCCGGCAGGAGAGAGAGAAGUCCCGUGAACAGCUUCGUUACCUCAUCGCUGACAACACCUCCAUCAAGCUGGACAACCAGAGACUCCAGGCUGAGUCAACGUCAUUGGAGGAGAAACUCCGGGGACUUCAGUCUGAAGCUCAUCAGCUGAAGACGUCGAUCGAAAAGUAUGAAGACCUGGUGGAGAAAUACAAGAAGAAGGUCCAGCAGGCUCGUCUGGAGUCGGAGGGGUACUGCCUGAAGCUGGAGAUGAUGCAGAAGGAAAUGCGGGAGGUAAAGGUGAGCCUGGAGAGGGAGAAGGAACAGGUGAGGAGGGAGCUGCUGGGCCGACUCCACGAGCUCGAGGCGCUGCCCGACAGACUGAGCAGGACCGAGCAGCAGCUCCGAGACGCCCAGCAGGAGGUCGACGCCCACCAGCGGAGGAAGAUGGAGAACAGCUCGGCCCUGUCCGAAGUCAGACACCAGGUGGAGCAACAAGACGCUCAGCUGGAGAUGUUUCAGCAGAGGAAGCUGCUGCUGCAGGAGGAAAACGACGUUCUCAAAGCAACAAUCCACGACUUAGAAAGGAGCCUGGAGGACACGAAGGAAGAACACAAAGCGAUGUUUGAGGCUCUCACCUCGAAACAAGCUGGAGUCCACAGCGUUCAGCAGCAGCUGGAGGAGAAGACGCACGAGUGCAGCGUUCUGUCCAGACAGCUGCAACAAACUCUGGGCGCUGCAGAGAGACAGGUUAACAACAGCAUGCAGAAGGUUCUGGCCAAAGAGACAGCGUCCCAGUCUAAAGCCCUGGACCUGCAGAACCAGCUGAGUCGAGCUAAGACAGAGCUGAGUCAGCAACAGCGAAGCAAGGAGCAGAUGGAGCGUCAGUUCCAGAGUCAGCUGCAGAACAUGAAGGACAGGCUGGAGCAGUCGGACUCGACAAACUGCAGUCUGCAGAACUACGUCCAAUUCCUGAAAACCUCGUACGGAAACGUGUUCGGUGACUGUUUGCUCACAGACUGACUUCAAACUUCACCAACGUUUGUCCCACAACAUAGCAGAUCCAAAUUACAUUUAAUGAGUAUCUGCUUUUUACAUGUGAGUUUUAUACUGUUGAUGAAAUUAAACAAGAUUUAUUUUAAUGAAAAGAAUGUUUUGUUUGAGAGAGGGGGCGGGUAUGGGUACAUGGAGCGGGUCAUUCUGCGCAUGCGUAACAAAAAUCAACGCGUUAAUUCCACAAAUUA